GGGGAACGUCGACGAAGAGGCUCUUUUGACGUUCAACCUCUUGGGUACUACUAAGUUAGCAUUCGUGCUCUCACCUGACGACCUACUGCCUUGAAGAUACACCGAUCAUUGACGUAACAAUGGCACCACCCUUUCGAGCCGACCAAGUUGGCUCUCUUCUACGACCCAGGAGCCUCGUUGAAGCGCGAAAGAAAUCGACUUUGAAAUGGAACCGUCUACGGGCUGGACCUUCGGCAGACGCAUCCAUGAGCGACGGCAGUACUGGCACAACCGACGAGUCCAGUGAUCCUCUGAUAACACUCAGAAAUGAGCAAGAGUCCGCCAUCAGGGAUGUCGUCAGCGAACAGCUCCAGCGCAAUAUCCUCCCAAUCGUGACCGGCGAAUUUGAACGUGGCAUCUUCUACGGGAAUUUCUUCGAAUCCUUGAGCGGUUUCGAGGUCCGCUAUACGCCCAUGGAAGACUUUAAAAAGGAUUUCCCCACCAAUCGUCCCCUGGCGAAAUGGGGAGUCCCGGGGCGCGACGCUGGGUAUCCGACAGCGAAGAAGGUCACGCUGGAAAAGUCCGCCUAUCUGGACGACUGGCUGUUCUUCCGCAACUUGCUUCCCGAAGAUCAGGUCAAGAACGCAAAGAUGACCGUGCCACCGCCUGGAUGGUGGCACAUUCAACUAAAACAGCCAUUUUCUCCGGACUUGUUUUCCUCGGACGAAGCCCUUUUGGCCGAUUUGAGUGCCGCUGUGAGGAAGGAGAUCAUGACGCUUUAUGACCACGGCCUUCGUGCGGUCCAGGUCGACGACCCGAACCUUAGUUUCUUUUGCGAUGAAGAAUGGAUCGCGACUUGUAAGGCCGAAGGGGUCGAUCUCGACCGUUUGCUCGAAUUGUAUAUCAAAUCGCACAAUGAUGCGAUCCGUGACUUGCCCUCAGAUCUGCAUGUUGGCGUUCACAUCUGCCGAGGCAAUUUUCCCAACGGAGUCGGAUUGGCCAGCGGCUCUUAUGAGCGGAUUGCCAGGAAAUUGUUCAAUGAGACCGAGUAUAAGUUAUUCUACCUGGAAUUCGAUAGUCCUCGGGCGGGCGAUUUCACGCCGUUGAAGCAUUUGCCAGUCGACAAGGCUGUGGUGUUGGGCGUGGUCACGACCAAGUAUGCCGAAUUGGAGGACUUGAAUGAGUUGAAAGAGAGGGUGUACCAAGCUGCGGACGCAAUUGCGGAGGGACAGGGUAGGGCAAGGGAGGAUGCGCUCAGAGAUAAUCUUGCGGUGAGUCCUCAGUGUGGGUUCGCUAGCGACCACAGUGAAGGUGGCGUGGGCAUGAGCAGAGAGAGGAUGUGGGAGAAAUUGGAGCUGGUCAAACGGCUCUCGGAGGAGAUCUGGCCUGGGUGGAACGAGAAGUAGGUGUGUGCGGCGAGGGAACUUGAGGAGUCAGUGGGAAGUGACAAAAAGUUAUGUACCGUCGAAAUGGCAUUUGUCGGAUAUCUGCU